AUGAACAUUCGCUGCCCUGCAUACACUAUCACAGGGAAAUACUCUGUUUCCACCAAGAGUCGGGGGGGGAGGAGGGAGGAGGGGGGGAAUAAAGCCCGAGAUUAUUUAUUGUGUGCGAGGGGGAAAAGCUGCAAACCCGGCCACCCGCUCCCCGCUUCCUCCGCUUUAUUCCCCGAGUAUUUUGGUAAAUACGAAGCCACGCUCAUCAGAUCCCUCAGCCCCGGGGAAGGGGGGGAUGGUGGAAGACGCGAAAAUACCGACGGAUAUCGGCGGGGAAAAGGGAGCAGAGGCGCAAUUAUCCGCUCCCGGCUGUCAUUUCCAGACGGGAUCUCCGCAGCUGGAACAUGUCCUCCCGCAGCCCUCCUCCCGCACCGCCGGGCCGGCCAUGGAGUUACCUUGACGCUCCUGGGUAGAGAAGCCGGAGACGGAGGGAGGCGGCGGCGGCCUUGGCGGAGCGCGGCCGAUGCCUGGCGGCGGCGGCGGCGGCCCGAGUGCGGUUCUCGCCGGGCUCGGUCGCUGCCGCGGCGGCGCAGGAGCCCUGUAGGCCUCGGCCUCGGCGGCGGCGGGGCCUCCCCGGCGCAGGGCGGCGUCGGCGGCGGGUUCAGGCGCGGGCGGCUCCGCUCAGUCCCGUGCACUCCCCGCUGCCUGCGGUGCCGCUGCCUCUUCACAUUCCCGGAGAAGGGCCCUGCGAGGCGGGGUGGUGUGGGGGGGGGAGCCGCCGAGCACAGCCGAGCCGAGUCGAGCCGAGGGGGAGCGGCGGGCGCGGAGAGGGGGGGCAGUGCCGGGCAGGGCGGGGAGCGCGGGUUCCGCCGGCGGCGCUGGCGCGGGGGAAGAAGAGCGAGUGGAGGGUCCCGGUGGGCGUCGGGGUCGCGGUCCUAUUGUGGCUCUCAGCGGGCUCCGGCCAUGGCACUCGCUCGCACACACUCGCUCGCUCACAACCGAGCGCGCUGCUGCCACCGCCCCCCGACCGCGGACCGCCCCCGACCGCCCACCGGAGCCGCCGCCGGGACGCGCCGCCUCAGUGGCGCCCGGAGCCGCCUUGGCCGCCGGGACCGCCGGGAAAGGGCCGCCCCCUCCCCCGGCAGCGGCGCGGCCCCGCCGCUCCCGCAGCCCCGCGGAUCCGUCGCAUCCCGCGGGUCCCUCGCAUCCUUCGCCCGGGGGAGCGGCGGGGUCCCCUCGGCUGAGCGGUAAAACCCGGCGCUGCUGAGGGAAAACCCCGCUAAGGCUGAGCACCCAAGACUGGACACUGCUACAGUUGAGGCCUCAACAUCUGCUGUCCUGCUUGUCACAGACCACAUUCCUGUGUACAUGUGCCAAUACAAAUACUUUGGAGUCAGUCUGAUCUAUCCACAAUCUUGCUGACCUGUCUUACCCCCGCAUCCAUUUCUGCUGACCUACCAAGCCAGUUAUUUCUCCCUCAAGUAGACAGUAAUGCUACUUGAGAAAUUACUUCCUGCAGCAGCCCUAAUGCUAUGCCCUCAUUUUUAUUGCUGGAUAAUCAAGCAGUCAGAACACAUUUUGAAAUAAAAUUCCACAUGAUGUUAAGUCAGAAAACUGUAGAAUUUGUCAUCCUUUGUAAAUUGACUGCAUUUCUCGCAAGAAUUGUAUUUGAAAAAGCAAAACUUAGAUUGAACUGUGCCACGGUUACAGAAAGGUUGUGUAACUAAAUUUAGAAGAGAGAUUUGUACAUAUUUGUAAAUAUUUUAAACUUUAAAUUCACUUGAACUAAAGCAGCUAAAAUAAUGUAACUGUAAGCAAGGAUUGAUAACAAAGAAUGUAGGUCAAGGAGAGGGUGGUGUUAUACCAAUAUAAGGUAAAAUAUGAUAGAAACAGUGUAGCUUCCCAUCAGUGAGGGACAAAACAUGUUUUGCUGUUAUGUACUUAAUUCUGUUAGUUGUGUUUGUCAGUGACAUACUUUCAUUCUCAGUUUUGGUCACUGUCCUGUGUGCUGCUUUUGAUCUGAACAGUGCAAUGAGCAGCUCAGAAAGUUAUUGCCAGCAUACUCUGCAGAAGGGAAGUUCUAGCACAGCCUGAUGGCUACACUGGCACUUCAGGUGCAGUUGAGCAAGUCAUUUUACAUGAUUGUACUUCAGUCUUCCCAGUAUGAGAAGAAAUCCAUCUUUGUAAAACACUAAAAAUCUAAAAUUGAAGCCUCUGAUGUAGGUAUCUAUUAAAAUAAGUGCCAUAGAAGGGAUAAAAACCAACACUGCUGUCCAAGUCCUGUGCACACAGAGGUUUUUACUCCUCAUUCUGCCUUUGUGUAACAGUUAUCGAAUUAGUUCUUCAGUACAGCUGAACAAGCUGGUAAAUAAUGCAUUCAGCUAGUUUAUUUCUUAGAUGGUCAUCAUGUGGUAUGUUUGGUCCAUUUUGAUUGUGUAAAAUAUUUUUAUGAUGUGUUUUAUAUCAGGUGAUGUUUGGAUGGUAACAAUUCAAGACAAAUACAGGCUUUAUCAGUGAAUAAACAGAAAUCUUACCUUUUCUGUUUCGCUUGGCCAUUAGAUUUUGCAGAGUAGGCUUCCCACUUAUUUCCAGAUCGCUUUCUUUUUCCUCCUUUAAUCUGUGAAGUCCUCAUCUGUGAGAAGAUUUAAGAGCAUGAUAUAAGAUAUGAAUGUAAAACUGCUGGUAUUUUGAAGGGGCACUUGACCUUCUCCUAUUCUCUGUUUACUCUGCAUUUUGUAAAAAUUGUUACUUUUAAAAAAAAUGGAUAAGUGAAUUCCAAGCAGAGAUGGAGAAGAACUAAGUACUACAGGUGUUUUACAUAGAUGUGUAUCUGUAUAUGUUUAUAUAUGUGUUUGUAUAAAUACCAAUUUGCAAGAAUAAAAAUUGACUUUCAUCAGAUAAAGUUCACAUGACCAACAUCUCCUGUACAAGUGUGUGGGCAUAUAUAUGAAAAUAUAGGCACAGUCAGUACCUGCAGCCCUUCCUGGAGAUUUACAAGCAAUAAUAAGUUCUUUUGAUCAGUGUUUCUCCACUGCUGUCAAAGGUACAAGACAAGCCUAUCCUUUUCAUAAGUGGCAUUGCCUUACUCCCCUACAAAAGGGCUUUUUAAAAAAUGACAGGAGAGGAAUUUUCAGGGCUAGCUCCUUGCCAGUUCAGCACUGUGCUUUUUAGCACCCAGUCAGAACAGCAGUCAAGAGUCCUCCGAAACAGAGAUUUUUGUACCAGUGACUCAGAUUUGUGCCACUUCACGUUAUUUUGUGUGGUUGAAGUUCCACUAUAGACCAUCUGUUAUGGCCACCCAGGCAGGAGUACGGAGCUCUCAUCCACAUUGGCAUUCUGCUCUCUACAUAGCAGCUUAUCAAACGGGAUUGCUACAGAGAUACCCCUAUGGAAGUCCUGCUCCGUUGAGUGAUAAACAUAAAUGGACCUAGCUGGAGCUUGUAAAUGUCUCCCAUGGCACAUCUGACAUGUAUUUGUCUACAGGAGGGGUCACAUAAUGCUCCACAAAGGAUCUCCGAUAUGUCAAAAGGAGCAUUAUCGGGGGUACCAUGGGAUUAGUUCAGAUAUUCCCUGUUCCAAUACUAGUAAGCAAGAAAAGACUUGCUCUCCCCAGAGAACUAAUUAUUCAGACCGGCAAGAAAAAGACCAGAAAGAGAAAGCGUUAUGGAGGAAGCAGCAGAGCUGUUUGAAGAGGCAAAUCAGCAUGUGAACAAGGCUUUUCUGAUACAUCUUUUAACAAAAAUGAACACAGUGGAACACCACAUCAAAGUAACUGUCCUGCUCCAUCAGCGUGAUUGAAACGGCACAAUCUGUGAUUUUUUUGUUUACUUUUGAAUGAAAUUCACACGUAACAAGAAAGCAUUUCUACUCAGUCUGUUUACCCUGCACUUGACUCCUGAUUCCUACGUUCUACGUUCUGGGGAGGAGUGGCAUGUCCGGCUUUUGGGUGACAUUUGUAAUCGCUGUACCAAGUUUCUGCCAUAAUAACCAAGUGCUUGUUCCUCCUUGCCUCCCGCUCCUCCUCGUAUCAGCUCAGUGAUAACACUGUCAGUGCCUUCAGGAACUGAAUUCCUGGUUGGGGGGGGGGGUAAGCGUUUUAGGGUCAUAGACACAACUACCAGAAUGGGAACUAAUUCUUCCUCUCUGUUUAUAGACACUGCGUCAUCUGAAGUCUGUUUCUCUAGUCAACAUGGCAAGAUAAGUAGGAGCUUGCUCGCCUUGGCAGCUGGAGAGCUGCCUCCUCCCAGCACCACACUGCUCUCACUGAUUCCCAAUUCACGGUUUUGUUCCUACUUUGCUCCCCUCCCCCAGUGUCUUAACUUGCCUUCAGGCCCCAGGCACUCCUUUAAGCCGAGUUUUCUGAAUUUUCUGUUCGGAUUUCCUUUGCUGCCUGUUUACCUCCGCCUUCCCUGGGCUUUGCAGUGCCCUCCUCGGCCAACCUGCCCUCCCCAACUGUCCCUGCCCUCCCCAACUGUCACUCCCCAGCUGUCACCCCCCAACUGCCUCGGAAGGUUCUAGUGCUCCCCCUUCUCUCCUGGGGCAGUGCCCGCAGGGCUGCCUCUGGUGCCUGAAGCUGCCUGGAAACACAGCCACGUGUGUGACGUGGUCCCCCUGUGCCACUGGGGUGUUUCUGAGUCCCAGGUGAAACGAGCUCUGCUUCUGUUCCUUUGCUUUGUGAUCCAGCUUCCUUCCAGUAGCUGAAGGGAGUCUGCAAGAAAGAUGGGGAGCGACUUCUUACAAGAGAAUGGAGUGACAUGACAAGGGGGAAUGGCUUCAAAUUGAAAGAGGGUUUAGAUUGUGUAUUAGGAGGAAGUUCUUUGCUGUGAGGGUGGUGAGGCACUGGCACGGGUUGCCCAGAGAAGCUGUGGCUGCCCCAUCCCUGGAAGUGUUCCAGGGCAGGUUGGAUGGGGCUUGGAGCAACCUGGUCUAGUGGAAGGUGUCCCUGCCCAUGGCAGGUUGGAAUGAGAUGAUCUUUAAAGUCCCUUCCAACCCAAACCAUUCUAUGAUUCUGUGAUUCUAAGUCUCCUCAGUUAUCUCUGCAUUUAAUGCAUUACAAGCCAGUAUAUACACUGCUAUAAAACCAUCCUCUUCAUGUGAGCACGUUUUACUGAGGCUCAAGUUCCUACCUACAACAUCACACCUUGAAAAGAGCUAAUGAGUAAAAAAUACCUAUGUCUGUUGAAAGUGCCCAGCAGUGCUUUAAGUGUGUGAACUGUAGCACUUCCCACAUCUCCAGUGAGGCACCUACCAGCUCCCUCCCAAGCUUGGUGCAGCUCUCAUGGUUAUAGCAGUUGAUAAAACUCUUGAGAUUUUCCCCAAGUUCAGAGUCCCUGAGGCUGGAGUAGGCUGAGACAGAGAUAUCUUGUUCCCUUUGUUAUGAAAGAGAACAAGCAAGUACUCGUGUUGUAUUUUUCAACCUGCUUUAUCUCUGUCUCAUGGUACAACUUUAACCUAUUGGAUACUUUUAAAGUUUUCAAAUUAUGGCAAGGGAGAGUCUUCUGUAGUCAGUAGCUAAGCUCAGCAUUGUAGGGAAUGCUUAACAUCAGGGGGGGUCUAACAGCACUUAAACAAGUUUAAAAUAUAAGUUUUAAUGGGUUCCAGAUUUUGCAGUACAAAUGAAUGAAUAUGUAUGAAUACUGCCAAAAUGGGAAGGACAGGAAAAGAAGGGUUAUAAGAGCAUUUUCUAAAGCCUUCCCAGAUCUACUAUCAGGGUUAAACAAAUAUGAUAAUUUUGCCACUGAGAUAAUUACAUGAAUAAGGAGGUUGUAGUUCUGUCAUGACCCUGUAAAAGAAUUACAGAUGCCCUAUAAAUGGCUAGUAAGAAAGAACUUCACAUGAGAGAGGAACUGGAGUUGAAAACCAAAAGCUAUAAAUCUUAGAAGAAGACAGAAAUUGAUUCGAUUUAGACAGAAAAUAGCAAAGAAACACCUAAAUAAUCUCCUGACUAAGCAGACCACACAAAAAUAGAUGACUGGAACAGGAACAAAACUGGUGUUCUGUGCAAGUGCUGGAAGUGCUAGAAGUUGAAAAACUUGGCUGAAGAGAUGAGGUUGUCUCACUUUAAAGGAGCACUGAUAGAACUGAUUUUUAGGAAAUUCUGCGAAGGAAUGGCAUUAAAGCCUCUCCAGCACCUCAUGGCAGAAAGAGAAGAGGAUGCCAAGGUUAGGAUAGAAAUAGCAAAUAAAGCAGAAAAUGUCAUCAUACCAUUGUACAAAUCCAUUGUGCAUCCUUCCUUAUCUUUAAUGCUGGGUAAUUUGGUAUGGACUGUAUUUAGAGAAUACAGAGAAAGCCAAAAAAUAAGAUGGCUGGGUACAAUUCUCACAAAAGAAGAGGAUUAAUACACUGGGGAUCUUGAGGUCAGAAGAAAAAACAUGCUGAAUUUGCUAGAGGUUUGUCAAGAUCUUUGAUGGAAUGGAGAUGGGUGAACGAGUGACUUAUUUAUCAAAACUGCUUUGUAUUAUUUGAUCUUGUGUUCUCUGGCAAGAUGGAAUAUUACAAGCUCUCACAUCCUGUUAGGAAGGCAAAAAGUGUGAACAGGUUCAGUAAAAGAAAGUUUUACAAACCAGAUGCUCAAGGGCAUCAAGGAGAUUAAAUUGUCCUUGUACUUUAACAUAAUUGCAACAUACAUUACAUAUGCAAUAUAUUAAUGACUGUAGAAGCUUAUUUACCACUAAAUAAAAAUGCACCACUAUCAACUUCAAAAAUCGGUUUUAUAGAGAAGUCUAGACACCAGAUUUAGGGUAAGAUAUCUGAGUAAAUACAGAAUAAUUUGAGCCAAUAUAAAAUGUGUGAUAUGAUAAUACUUAGCAUAUUAUCAUUAUUGGAUGGCUUCUUUGACAUGCUGUCCAGCCCCCACACUUAAGAGAAUUUUCAACAUUAUCCAGUGUCAGGUAGGACCUGGAAGAAUUUGUAGCAAGAAUCAAGAGCCGAGACUUCAGUGAGAGCUGAUCAAAACCAGAACUGAGAUUUUCAUUUCUAAGAAGGCACGAGGAGAAGUUAAACCCACGAUUUGCUAAGGCACCGAGCGGCGCCAUAGGACACUCCUGGAAAAUUCAUCUUAAGCUAUAUUUAGUACAUUCACAGAAAUUGUGGCUCCCACUUGAGCCAUUUCAGCUCAAAUAUAAAUAAAUAAAUAAAUAUUUAAGAGAAUUGUGUGCUUCUGAGUCAUGUUUAGUUCUAAUAUGUGUCUGUCUAGGUGAGCUCCUACCUCGGAGCAGAUUAAUCUCUAGCUUCAAUUCUAUAGGUGUGCACCUGUACUUCACGUGUUAAAGUCCAUCAAAAAUACACUAGACAGUGAAAUGCUAAUAUUGAAAGCUUUUAGUACACAAAUGGCUAACAAGAGCCCUUCAGACAAACUCUUCCCUGCAAGUUUGUUUUAGAAUAAUUAUAGUUUCUUGCAGUUACUGGCUUUUAAUGAUGGGCUCUUGAGAUUUUUUUUUAGUUCCAUUAUCUUUGUAGAGUUUAGUUCUUGAAAUUUUAUCACGAUCUCAUCGCAUGAGUGUGAGAUACUCCAGGGCAAUGGUGUUCAAUGCCUGCUUGAGUACAAUUUUAAAAUGUAAUUGUUUUUCUUUUCUCUGAUUUAUACCUAGGUCAAAUUCAUAUUAUUGUCUUGGGUUCCUUCUUGAAAACUCACUGCAGCUUCAUUCAAGAUCUUAAAAUAUGAUGUAAGUCACAUCCUGGAAAAUGUGAAAAUAGAUUUUCUUCAUCUUCUACAUAAAACAUCCUUUCUGAGUUACUAAACUUUCUUCCAAAGUACACUGGUUUUGAUCCAGAAUAUCAUUCUGUGACAUUCAGACUGUUCUGAUUGCACCAAAUGUAAUUCCACCCCCACUGAAACCCACCUCAGGCCUUUUCCCAGUGUGAUCCAGCUAUUUUUCUUUGGGAUGUUACAGGAAGCUACACACUACCAUUCUGAUACACGACAGUGAAUACGCUUCGAGGGGGUUUUUUUCAUAAUUCCUGGUAGCACUGCAACUCAGCAAACUGUUUUGAUACAUCUGUGUAAGCAAUUUAACUCUCCUCCUGCUCCCCACUGCAACUCAGUGCUCUGCUUUUAACAAAUUGGCAGAAUCCUAACAAAGAGACACUCCAAAGCUGUCAUACGGUGCCGUUGCCUAUCAUCCCAUUCAAAUGGUUUCUUCAAGGAAAUUGCCAGUAGUGUUAGUCCUGCUGGUUAUCAUCUGCAGGAUAUUUCAACCAGAAUGCCAUGUAUGCAGAAUUCUUGAUUUUACUUUAGUUUGCAAAAAUAUUUGCCGUCUGAAGUGUUGUCUGCUUAUUCGAGCCAUUAGACAGAAAUACAAGUAAGGUUCUCUGCUUUCAACUGAGAUUUACAAAAAUCCUCAUUACCUCCUGGGAAAAAAAGAAAUGGCAAAAGACAUUUGAAGGAAAAGAAGUAGGGCAUCUAUUGCUGCUGCAUGUUUAAUUUUAUUUGAUUUACUAUACUUAACUUUUUCCUUUGUUGGCAAAAACAACCUUAGCGGCUGCUAAUGCUGUUGCCAGUGUCUCCAUCUGCAUCUUUGGUUACUUCUUGGAUUUGUUCUCUUUCUGCAUUUGCAGAAUUCUGCUUGCAUCCUCUGGACUCUCGUGGGAAUUUUUCCCCUUUGUGGCCAACAUUCACAGCAGCUUGAAGUUACUUUCAUUGUGGAUGACAUUUUCCUGCAGUUGAAGACACCUGAGCCCAGUUCCCUCUCGAGCCUCUUACAUGGCCUUGGUGAUCACUGCCACUGAUAAGGGAAAUGCCUCUGUCUCAUCUUCAGAAGUCUCGGAUUCACAUUGUGCACACCCAUGUUUCAGUUCUGUCAUUAAUCCCAAAUCCCCUUUUAGAGCGUUUAUCUGAAUUAAUCUCAUCUUGUAAUUUUGCCAUGUAGCUUUAUUUUGCAGCUGGACCCUUCCUUAUCUUUCCUUUUGUAGAUUCUUUCUCUUGGGAGUGGUUUCAGUAAAACACCUCGGAAAGCAUUAAAUUUAGUCUCAAAGUUGGUACUGUAUUUGUUGGCAUUUCUGUCUGGCCUGUUUUCUGCUGACCUUUACUUAAAUGAUUAUGUAUAUGCAUGUGUGCAUGUAUAUUUGUAAUGCUUUCUGUCUUGUUCAAGUUUAAUUUUACUCCCUGAAACAAGCUUUUCUCUUGAGCUCAAUGUCCCAGUUGUUUCGUUAGGACUGUGACAAGUCUGCUCAUACAAGGCACAUCCACGGCACAUCUGAAUGAAAGUAAACAUCCUGUGUUCCUCAGCCUUCUAUAAACCCCAGCAGAUGGCUGCUGCUUUGACAAACUGUGUGGAAUAGGGUGGAUCACAUUUCCCAUGCAACAGACUUAUUUCUGGAAAUCCAAACCCAGUAUAAUUCUUGAAGGUGGCAGCGUGGAUCUAACCACAAAGUGGUUUAGCCCAAAUCAGUCCUAUGUGGCGACUCUUCGUAGCUCAGACCCCCUUGCUUUUUGGACUGGAUGUACAGUGGGGGAUACCCUAAAUUGCUGAUUCACACAAAGUUGCAGGAGGACUGGUAGCAGCUUUCACCUGCAGGUCCUUGUUCAUCAACCUCGAGGUCCUUUGUGUAAUACCUCUCCUUGUUAGAACCUGCGUAUGUUUUUUUGUCCCCUGUGAUUAAGUAUCUCCUGGAGAGAAAUGGUAUUUCUUAGAACUGACUGGAUUUUUCCUUAAUGCUCAGAGACAGUCCCUGCUCAGGAUACUGGCAGAAUCUGCAGGAGGUGAUGUAUAUUUUCUACACCUCAGGUAGCACUCAGGAGAUGUGUGCCACAGACAUAUGUCUUAUCCUGGUUCCCUGCAGCAACAGUUCACUGGUGCGGCUGUGCUUACCCUGUGUCUGGAAUCAAAGGCAUUUCAAUGUCCAGCAAUCACAGAAUCAUAGAGUGGUUUGGGUUGGAAGGCACCUUAAAGACCCUCCAGUUCCAACCCUCUGCCAUGGGCAGGGACACCUUCCACUAGACCAGGUUGCUCAGAGCUCCAUCCAGCCUGGCCUUGAACACUUCCAGGGAUGGGACAUCCACAGCUUCUCUGGGCAACGUGUUCCCAGCCUUAGACUUGACCCUGUGUGUGUGUGUGUGUGUUCAGGAACCCAUUUCCAUCUCAUUUGAUUUCCUAAAAGGAAGCAACAAGGGAGUUAUUUUGGCUGCAAGUCCAAGCAAAUAGCCUCUAUUAGGUCUUAAAAACACUGUUGGGGAUGUGUCCUGAGAGAAAGGCAGCUUGGGAGUGGGCUUCAUCUUUUCUUGUUUAAAACUUUCCUCCACUGAGUAACAGGCUUUCCAUCACAUGUCAAGAGUAUUAAGCAUCAAAGGAGAAGGCUUUUGAAAGACCACCUGCGUUCUUCUAGAACUUGUCUACAACCUCUUGGCAUAGAUGAUCUUCAAUGGGCUACAUGUCUGUUCUGUUGCAUUCAGAGGCCCUAAAAAUGCUGCCAUUUGUUUAGAAUCAUAGAAUCAAUAAGGUUGGAAAAUACCUCCAAGGUCAUCAAAUUCAGGAAAUAUUUCUAAAGAACUAAGAAAUUUCUGGUGUUUCUGCUCCAAAUAUACUUGUUACAAAAAGGCUGAGUGCAAGCUGGUCUAGUCUAGCAUUACCUAUCCUUGUGUGCCUUCAUCAGCCAGAACCUCACUGGUGAUGCAAACCCAAUACAUGGUUAAUCAUGGGAUAUUUUCCUCUAUCACACCAAUGUAGAAGGCUCCCAGUGGCUCUUGAGUGCAUAUUUCCAUUAAGGAUUCAGUAGACUGAUCACACUCCAAAACCCAUGAAGUCUGUAUUAUUUCCUAAAUCAAAGUUUCUUACACUUCCAAUUUUGUUUACAAUUCAUUGGUUUGUUUUUUUUUAACCAUCUGCUAUUAAGCCCAAUUUCAUUUUAUUUUAAGACAUUUUGUACUGUGCCCAUUGAGCUCAGUCACUUCCUCAUUAGCCAUCCUGCCCUUUCAUUCACUAUUUGGUCAUUUCAGAGCAACCCAGGAGGCAGGAACUUUGAAACCAGAGAUUUUACAGGUCUCUGGCCAGCAUUCUCUUCACAGUGAUGAUAUUUUUUGUGUAAUAUUGCAUAAGGGCAGCAUCCUCUUGGUCAGGUAUUUCUGUGGCUAAACAGAACACACUGUUGGUCAAAAUCUCUAACUAGGUGGAGUAAGAGAUGAAACUGUUCAUCCUGUCUUCCAACAGCUGCUUCUGUUUCCUUGAAGAGAGACUCCCUAGGUGGCUAUGUCCAUUUUCCCACUAAUGGGACUAAGUGUCAUUGACUGGUGUACACAGCCAAAGACCUUCUUGAGAUGCUUUUUUUUACAAAAGCUUGUGCUCAGAAAAAAAUCAAUAUUACAGAAAAAAACAACCUAUCAACAUUUUCCCUUAUACAGAGACGAGUUUCCAUUUGCUUUGUAUUAUUAUAUUUCCUGGCCACAGAAGGAUGGGCACUGAAAUCAGGUGGAUUACCUGCAGUCAUGGAACUCUGCCAAUAAUUCAUUAUAUUUUGCGAAUUGCAAUAUUCCUGAUCUUGGUUUGGUUCUUUAAUCCAGAAGAAAGAUAUUAAAACUGCUUGUGCUGACCCCCUCAGAGGUGUUUGUAAAUAAAGUAUGAACCACAAAGCUGUAUCUGUUUCUUGCCCUUUUUUUUUUGCAUUUUGUUUCCCCCAGCGGUGCCUCUUUGGCUUUUCCGCGGAGUUUUUCAAACUCAGCAAAAGCAUCUGUGAACCAUUUUGCCUGCUACAGUAGGACACCUGUUUAUGCAUGUAGACUUCCCUUCUCAUCUGGGAAGAUGGACAACAAUAUAAGCCCUUGUACUACAAAACCAGAUGAACUUAGAAUCACAGAAUCAUUUAGGUUGGAAAAGACCUCUAAGAUCAUCGAGUCCAACCUUUAACCCAGCACUGCCAAGCCCACCACUAACCCAAGUCCCCAAGUGCCACAUCCACAUAUUUUUUGAGCACAUCCAGGGAUGGUGACUCAACCACUUCCUUGGGCAGCCUGUUCCAGUGCCUGACAACCCUUUCAGUAAAGUAAUUUUUCCUAAUACUUUUCCAUCUGUACAAAAAAUUAUGGUUCUGCACAAGUGGGCUUGAGUAAAAUUGCAGUGAAUGAUACCAGGGGUCAAAUGAGGCAUCCAAAAUCACCAAGAACACUGGAUUCAAGUGUAAACCUUCCAGUACCUGAAAGGAGCCUACACAAAAGCUGGAGAAGGACUUAUUGCAAGGGCAGGUAGUGACAGAACAAGGGGGAAUGGCUUCAAACCAAAAGAGGGUAGAUUUAAAUUGGAUAUUAGGAAGAAGAUUCUUGCCUGUGAGGGUGGUGAGGCACUGGCACAGGUUGCCCAGAGAAGCUGUGGAUGCCCCAUCCCUGGAAGUGUCCAAGGCCAGGUUGGAUGGAGCAACCUGUUCUAGUGGAAGCUGCCCCUCCCCACGGCAGGGGGUUGGAAUGAGAUGAUCUUUAAGGUCCCUUCCAACACAGACCAUUCUAUGAUUCUGUGAUACCAUACAUAUCUUCUCUUGAUCUUUGCUGUAUUCAGAAGCAGUGGCCCAUGUGUACAGCCCUGCAAAUCUUAAGUGGGAGAAAAUGCUAACUGGAGUCACAGCCUAGAACACACACUGCCAGAAGCCUUUAGUGAACACACUCAGCCUCUCACCUUCUUGCUCCCUACUCAUACACAAUCUUGCAUCACAUGUAUAUCCCACAUCUAGCUCAUGUUUCCCCCCCCAUAACUGCUGUGUGUGCCUCAUAGCUGCCCAAAAUAUAUCCUACCCAGGCAGGGGCUACGCCACAGCUACAAAGGAGGACAGCAAGGUCCAGCUGAUCCAGCCCUUGCAGAUGGAAGCAACCUGUGUGAUUAUUAAAGAAGGUUACAGAAGCCUCAAACUGUUCAGGAGAGAAACACAACUCCCUACGAGAGCAAAUAAGGCACAUUCAAAUGUGUUUAAUUGUGUGUGCCUGUCUGAAAAUCUGGCUCAUCAUUCCUCUUUCUAUUUCUCACUCAGAGGGUCACUGAAAACACUGAUAUGCCAAGGAAGCCAAUUCCUUGUGGGAUCAAUGACUCUGCUCCACGCAGACAUUUUCCCUUCUGUCACUUGGCAUAAUUCAGUAUGUGACUUGAAAAUUCAAAAUAUAAACAAGAGAGAGGAACCAGGGCCAAUGGUGUUGCAAGCAGAAUUCUCAGGCCUUCCCAGUAAGUGGAAAAUACCUCUCCUCUAGAAAUACCAGCCAUUUCUCCAUUCUCUUUAGCUUAGAACGAUUUCUUUGCAGCUUUUAACCUAUGAGGAAAUUGGGGCAAAAAUAGCACAGUCAAACAUACAUGUACAAGACUAUAAAACCACACCACUCAGUGCCUCACUGUGUCAUACACAAUUUAUCAGGCAAGUUUCUACCACCUCCUUGUUCUCCUCUUCCUAUGAUUUGUUGAUUUCUCUUUCUUUCUCAGAACCAUUUUCUCCCUUAACUUUAUUGUUCUUUAGCACCUUUUUAAAACAGUUAUGAAAUAUAUAAGUAUGUAUUUAAGUA